GGGUGGCGCUCAAAACUUGAAGGGGCUGUCCGUGGGUAUGAGCUUGGAUAUGCGCAUGCGUUGGGUACCAGGAUGCCCAGAAUCCCCCGCGUCUAACGCCUCAAUUACUUACGCGCGCGCGGUUCUCUGGCAUUCGCGCCAAUCUUCAGAGCUCGAGCUUUCUUCUGGAGCUUGCGCUCAUAUCCUCAGCUUUUCUUUUCCGCAACCUUGCGAUUGAUUCUACGCGCUGCCCAGUAGCAAAAUCCUCUUCCGAGCCUUCAGCCAUGGCCUCAAACAACAUUAUCUACAUCGCCACAGAAAACUCGGAGGUGCCUACUGAGUUUGUGGAACUGCGCGGGGUCCACCUGGAGACCGUCCCUCUGGAAUCUGUCCCUGUGGGGACUGUUCCUAUGGAGGAUAUCCCGGUGGAGGAUAUCCCGGUGGAGACUUUCGCUAUGGGGACUGUUCCUGUGGAGGAUAUCCCGGUGGAGACUUUCGCUAUGGGGACUGUUCCUGUGGAGGAUAUCCCGGUGGAGACUUUCGCUAUGGGGACUGUUCCUGUGGAGGAUAUCCCGGUGGAGACUUUCGCUGUAGGGACUGUUCCUAUGGAGGAUAUUCCUUUGGAGACUUACGCUAUGGGGACUGUUCCUGUGGAGGAUAUCCCACUGCAGACCACCCCCAUGGAGCCGGUGUCGAUGGAAACCCUUGCAUAUGAGGAUAUUGCUGGCAGUUGGGUGCAGGGUGUCGACCACAGUUCGUCUCUGAUUGCGCUGCACCCGCUCUUUAUUAGCCAGAACCAAGGGGACCACAAUGAAGAAAUGGUGAUGGUACAAACCCAGGAGGAAGUGGUGGGCUACUGCGAGUCAGGCAGCCUGCCCGGUCACAACUUCCAGGAGCAGCAAAUGGUCGCCUCGAGGGAGGAAGACAUCUACUUCCAGCAGGUCCUGGCUUCCCUGGAAGCCUCCGCGUCAUCAUCGACCCAGAGCCACACUAAGAAGCGCAACCGCAGCAAAAAGCCCAGCAUCGGUAAGCAGAGCUCCUCCAGCAGCACAGCCGCGGCAGGGACAGCAGCGGCAGCCGGGAUGGCUGCGAGGACCGCGGCUGGGGCGGCGGCUGCGGCUGGGGCUGGGGCUGCGACUGGGACAGUGGCAGGGUCAGGGACCACGGCGGCGGCGGCGGAGGGCUGCAGGAAGUGGGAGCAGAAGGAGGUAUUUAUCAGAACCCUGGAGGGCGAGUUUUCUGUCACCAUGUGGUCCCCACACAAUGAAGGAGAACAGGAAACUGAAGGACCAGUUGUGGAGAACUCACCACCUGAUUAUUCGGAGUACCUGACGGGAAAGAAACUUCCUCCUGAAGGAAUACCUGGCAUGGACCUGUCAGAUCCCAGACAGCUGGCAGAAUUUACUAAAACGAGGCCAAAAAAACCCAAAGACGAUGUUCCGAGAACAGUAGCUUGCCUUUAUACAGGCUGCGGAAAGAUGUUCAAAGAUAUCGCAUCUAUGAGAAAGCAUGUGAACACCCACGGUCCAAAAGCCCACAUAUGUACAGAAUGUGGCAAAGGUUUUGUUGAGAGUUCAAAACUGAAACGGCAUCACCUGGUGCAUUCUGGAGAGAAGCCCUUUCAGUGCACAUUUGAAGGCUGCGGAAAACGCUUUUCCCUGGAUUUCAAUUUGCGUACACAUGUACGAAUCCAUACCGGCGACAAGCCUUAUGUGUGCCCCUUUGAAGGUUGUGAUAGGAAGUUUGCUCAGUCAACUAACCUGAAAUCUCAUAUCUUCACGCAUGCUAAGAACAAAGAUUAGUCAGUAAAAAGGAGAGAAAACCCUUUUAUGAUUCCUAAGGGUCAUGUUUUGAUAAAUCAGUAAAAAAAAAUUUUAAAGGUUCUUUAAAAGGUUAAAAAUACAUAAGAUUACAUUGUUAAAAUGUUAUGUUUUGAUAGAGUAGUAAAAAAGGUGAAAAAAGGUUUAAAAUGUAUAUAUGAGUACAUUGUUAAGAUGCUUUAUCUUGUUCUGUAAUAAUUAUUUGAAAAAUAUGGUUUUUUGGUAAAGUUUGAUCCUAACAGGAGGAUAAUUCAUGAACCUCACAUCAAAAGACUUUUUAAUGCGACUAACUGUACUAAAAAUGGGACUUUGCAGAUUCAAUUUCACCUGUUCAUACAUGUUUAAAGUUCUGUGUUUUCCAAAUAGUUAUGUUUAUACUUUUAGAAUUAUGUUUAAUAAUUAAUUAUAUGGGGGGGUUUGGAGGUUGAUAACUUUGCUUGCUGUAGAUUU